AUGUUGUUUUGCGUGCUCUUGUUUUUUGGCUUCGUCAUAAAUCCCGCUCUGGCUGUCUUGCCCACUGUGGACCUUGGCUGUAACCAAUAUGCUGGGGCUACGACCUCAUAUGGCAUCACACAAUGGUUGGGGAUACGUUAUGCCGCACCGCCCCUUGGCCCGUUGAGAUUCAGUCCGCCAGCAGAUCCGUUUGGAAAGUAUUGUCUUGGUACAGGCGAUAGCCCAACACUCGAUGCAACAUCGGAGGACUGUCUCUUUCUGGACGUCUACGCACCAAGUAACGCCACAGCGCAAUCCAAACUUCCCGUAUUCUUCUAUAUCCAGGGGGGCGGAUUCAAUGCAAAUUCAAAGCCAAAUGUCAACGGUCGAGGCUUAAUUGCUGCCAGUAACUACACGAUUGUCGUUGUGGUAAUCAACUACCGUGUAGGACCCUAUGGAUUCCUCACCGAUGGAACCGCGGUCAAGGCCAACAAUGGCUUGCGAGACCAGCGCAAAGCCCUCGAAUGGGUCCAGCAACACAUAGUCCGGUUUGGCGGUGACCCCGAACAUGUCGUUCUUGGUGGAGAGUCGGCAGGGGCCGCUAGUAUCAGUCUGCAGAUGAUCGCAUACGGCGGCGAGGACUACGGCCUAUUCCAUGCUGCUGCUGCCGAGUCAGUGUCAUUCGCCACGGUUUUGACUGUGAACGAGUCCUACUACCAAUACGAAAACUUCGCCAUCCGGCUUGGGUGUGUAGGCUCUGGUUCGUUGGCAUGCCUUCGGUCCAAAACUUCUGAGCAGCUGCAAACCGAGAACAUCAAUGUCCCUUACCCCGGAGCAAGUGGCCCGCCAAUCUACAUGUGGAACCCAGUUAUCGACAACGACAUUUUGUUAGACUAUACAUACAGAGCCUUCGCCCUAGGCAACUUCGUAAAAGUUCCGGUGAUAUUUGGCGACGAUACCAAUGGCGGAACUGUCUUCGCGCCUAGCAAUACCUCAACACUGGCCCAGAGUAACAUGUGGCUCCAUAAUCAAUUCCCCCGUCUGACUCUGGAUCAUUUGGGGACCAUUGACGAGUUGUACCCGAACCCCAACGAAACUUGCCCCAACGUCGGCUGUUACUGGAGACAACUAAGCAAUGCCUACGGUGAGACCAGGUACAUGUGCCCAAGUUUGUUCAUCUCAUCCGCAUUCACACAACAUGGCGUGCCGCAGUCCUGGGCCUAUCGCUACAACGUGGAGGAUCCGACCCAGAUCGCACAAGGGUAUGGUGUACCUCAUACGGUCGAGUCGAACGCCAUCUGGGGACCGGAGAACGUGCCAAACACGGCGCCGGCGAGCUAUUACUCAAAUGGAACCAAUGCCGCCGUGAUCCCAGUGAUUCAGGGUUACUGGACCAGCUUCAUCCGCUCGUUCGACCCCAACAAAUAUCGGUACCCCGGCUCGGCGCGCUGGGAGGAGUGGACGACUGGUGAGCAGCAACGCCUUGUUUUCCAAACGGGAGGGCAGACGGAGGUGGAAACAGUAGAUGAAGCCUUGCUGAGGCGGUGUAAAUUCUGGUCGGACAUCGGAGUAGACAUUGCACAGUGA